AUGCAAAUCACAAGUAGUAUAUUACCACUGAUUAAUAAUCUAUUUAAUGACGUGCUAUGUUCAAUGAUGGCCGUUGAAAUAACAAUAGUGAUUCUGUUAUGUGCGAUUGGUGUUGUUUUUGGAAAUAUUUAUGCAUUUUCGAANGCAGAUCACUUGGCUAAUGCUCUUCGAGUUAACAAAACACUCACCACACUAUAUCUUCCAGCCGGUUUCAUUGGAGCUGAAGGAAAACUGCGUUUGGCUGAUGCUGUUAAAGUUAACCAGGUUUGUCAUAUCGGAUAUUGGUGUAGCGACUGA